AUGAAAUUAAAUAGUAUCGCAAUAGUCUUUUUGUUUUCCUGUUUCUUGAACUUUUUUAAAAAUGUGUCUGCCCUUAGGCGUAGUUCUCCAGAUGUAUCACUAGACGAUUCUUUUCUCCAAGUAAAAUCAGCUUCUGCACAAGAUAAACAAGAUGUGACCCAGGGUUCAAACCCAAGGGUCCAAGUCCCUUCGGUAGACCCUGAAGGUUUAAAGAAGAUGGUGGCUGCCGCAGUUCUUUCCAACCAGAACCAACCUCUCCAAAACGGUGCUCUGAAUCCUGAAGAUUAUAAUCAAACUGCUGCCGUAAAUUCAUUGAAUAAAGCCGUUAAUGUAAUGGCUAGCCCUGUGAACGGAGUAAAUCCCAUGGCAGCUGUUGGUGCUAUGAACUCACUUAAUGGAAUGACCGGUGUAACAGAUAAUUUUAAUCAGACAGCGCCAGUUAAUUAUCAGGACAAUAACCAAACUCAAGAAACCAGCCUUGAUCACCUGAAUCUACUUUUGGAUCCUUCUUUAGCAAAAAUAUCUGAAGCUGAUAGACAUAUAAAAGAAUGCAUGGAACGUUCUGUGCAUAGCCUUAAAAAGGUCUUGGAAGGACUCACCAACCUUGCAACUCUAGCUAAAAAUAGGGAAAAUGAACCUUUUAGUGUUUUGGGAGAUGAUUACACAAUGCGUAACGUUUUAGAUCUCAUGAACAAGGAGCUCAGGCAAGUUGAAUCUCUCCAGAAAGUAGUGCUUCAAUUCAACGCCUUCGCACUUUCAACAUUCACUAAAAAUGAAGACGAUAAUAAAAAAUCAUAA